ACAGCAUACUUAUAAAAUUUGCACUGCGGAUGUUGGAUGGAGCUGAACCGCAGAACCUGAACUGUCCUACAUAUGGUGGAGUUCUUGGCACUCCUGGACACAACGAUCUGCCUGGCAGAGAUGGGAGAGAUGGUAAAGAUGGAGCAAUUGGACCCAAAGGAGAGAAGGGAGAGUCAGGAGUGAAUGUGCAGGGGCCGCCGGGUAAAGCAGGUCCACCUGGGCCAGCUGGAGAGAAGGGGGAAAAGGACUCCAAGGUCUACCAGGCUUUUCUGGUCAUGACAGCAUAUCUGACUCCCUAAAAUCUGAAAUGCAGCAACUUAAUGCCAAGAUUGCCAUGAUUGAGAA